AUGGUCGUGGGUACGAGUGGGCUUACAAAAAUGAAAUUAUGAAGACAGUUAUUUAGGCCGAAGUGGGCUCGGAAAAUCUACUUUCAUCAAUACGUUGUUUUUGGCGGAAAUAAACAAUCUUUCCGAAAGACCACAAGCCAAUUCCUACGGUAGUACUGUUUGUAUCGAAGAAAAAUUGGUAUUAUUUUUUCAAUUUAACCAUUUUUGUUGGCUUUGUUUAGGUUCGCCUUGUAGAAAAUAGUGUCACGUUGAACUUGACUCUUGUCGACACGCCUGGUUUUGGGGACGCUGUCAAUAAUACAAAAUGGUAAUACUUUUAGUUGGUUUCUUCUUGAUCAUAUUUUUUAAAUUUUAAGCUGGGAGCCGAUUGUAAAUUAUAUCGAGAGCAAAUUUUUCGAACAGUUUUGCGAAGAAACGAGAAUGGACAGGAAUGCAAAGCAGAUCGACAAAUGUGUCCAUUUGUGUUUGUACUUCAUUGAACCUUCAGGUCACGGGUGAGUUAUAUAUUUUGGGCUCUUUUUUCUGAGGAUUCUGUUCAGUUUGAAACCUCUCGACAUCGAACUUAUGCAUCAACUUCACGGACGCGUAAAUGUUGUGCCAGUCAUCGCGAAAGCUGAUUGCUUCACUAGAGAUGAACUAAGGCGCUUCAAAAACCAAGUUCGGUCUUUUGAUUUAAUAACUUAAAUCCCAUUUUCAAGAUAAUGAGAGACGCCGAAGCGCAUGACAUAAAGCUUUACAAGUUCCCGGAAAUAGAGGAGUCGUUGGACAAGGUUUUUUUUUUGAAAAGAAAUUGAGCUUAUUGUAUGUUGCAGGCUCUCGCAGAAAAACUGAAGAAAACUCUUCCGUUUGCAGUAGUAGGAAGCAACUACAUUUGCGAAAAAGACGGCCGCAAAAUUCGAUUCAGGUUUUUCUUUUUUGAAGUGACGUCACAAGCAAAUUUGAAUGUAUUAAAAAAAUGAAUCAGAAGUUUUUUUCUGAUGCUCCAUUUUUGAACCUGAAGAGUCACGUUUUUUUGUUCCAUUCUUUCGAUAAAAGCUGAUCUUCUGCAAGCUUGAAAAUGUUUUUAAUCGAAAAAAAAACCAGAGUAAACUCUUCAAUAUAAUAAGCUUCAGAGAGUACCCAUGGGGAACUGUGGAAGUAGAAAAAUCUGGAGCACAACGAUUUUUUGGCGCUCCGAGACAUGAUUAUUCGCAAAAAUCUGAUUGA